AUGACAGACGAUGAAGCGUUUUACCUAAAUCAAAUUGCAGAAAUGCCAGUUUCAUUAAAGGAAAUAAGAGAAGCUACAGCCACUGACCCUGAGUUACAAAAAUUAUACAUAGAGAUACAGUCAGGAAGAGAAGAUACAGGAAGACUAUACGAAUAUUCGUUACAAAACAAUUGCAUAUUUUAUGGCAUAAGAAUUGUAAUACCUAAAAAAUUACAACCUCAAAUAUUAAAAGAACUACAUACAGCUCACACCGGUAUUGUGAAGAUGAAGGCGUUAGCCAGAAGCUACGUCUGGUGGAAGAAUAUAGACAUGGAUAUAGAGAACAUGGUAAAGCAAUGUAAAACAUGCUGUUUAAUGAAGAACAACCCUACUAAAGUACCUAUACACAUCUGGGAAUAUCCGAAAGAACCAUGGAGUAGAAUUCAUAUUGAUUACGCAGGACCAUUCAUGAAUCAAUAUUUUCUUAUUGUGGUAGAUGCCUACACAAAAUGGUUAGAGGUAAUACCUACUACUUCUAUCACAGCUACAGCUACUAUUAAUAUUUUAAAGAAAAUCUAUACUACGUUUGGCUUACCAGUUACCCAAGUAUCUGAUAAUGGAAGACAAUUUAGAUCAGAGGAAAUGUUAAGAUUUUUAAAGGAAAAUGGAAUACAAGCAAAGUUUACAGCACCAUUUCACCCAUCUACAAAUGGUCAAGCAGAAAGAUAUGUACAAACGGUUAAAAAUAAACUUAAAGCAAUGAUGAACGAAGAAGGAUCUGUACAAGAUAAGUUACAAAGAUUUUUAAUGAUGUAUAGAAAAACACCUAAUAGCUCUACAGGGCAGAGUCCAGGAGAAAUGAUGUUUAAAAGAAUAUAUAGAACAAGAAUAGAUUUAGUGAAAAGAAAACAAGAAGUUAGAGAUUGCAACAAUGAAGAAUUAAAGGUAAACAAAGAGUUUAAACCAGGGGAUAGAGUACAAAUAAGGAUGUAUGAUAGUAACAAAUGGAAAUUUGGAAGAAUAUUAGAGAGGAAAGGAAAAUUACAUUACGAGGUGGAAGUAGAUGGAAAGAUACAUCACAGACAUAUUGAUCAGAUAAUAAAGACAUCUUGUUUGAGUGAGAACUUUAAUACACCAGAUACUUACCGACCAACGUACCUGCAAGAGAAUUCACCUACACCAGCUUCACCUGAAAAAGAAUGCAUACAACCUAGCCCUACAGUAAUAUUACAUACAAGUCCUACUCGAAGAAGAUCAUCUACACAGCCAGUAGAAAGUCCAGGAAAUUACCAACCAGAAAACCUUGUACCAGAAACAAUUCCAGAUACACAUGAACCUACACCGUCCAGAAUUGAAAUCCGUCGUAGUACUAGGAUGAGAAGACCUCCAAACAGAUUGAACCUUUGA